AUGCCUGGGCAUCGCUGGAUGGCUCAUGCUGCAAUGGGAAACUUGGAGACUGCCUUUGAAGCACUCAAGACUGCACGCUGGCCAGCCUCUGAUGCAGCCUUCACCGCAGGAAACGAUGUGCCGCCCGAUUUGGAAACCCGGGCCCAUGGAGCACGAAGAGCCCGAAGGCGGUUGGCUGGCACCUAUGGCUUUGCAACUUCUUUGCUUUCUCCUGGCGCUUCGAUUGCCGUGGACAAUGGUUUGCAACUGCACCCAGAUUGGCAAUCUGCAGAUGGAACAUUGCGACGCUGGCUAUUGGCUAUACUACACAAUCUGGUUCUGGCAUAG